AUCAACAACGCAAAUCGAUCCUAAAUAGCAAACAUCGGUAGAAUGAAAUUUGUAAGAGCAAUGUCAAGAUGCCGGUUUUCCCCUCUCCUCGUGGUGCUAACGUUUCCGCGUUCAUUAGCUAGCUAGCUGUCUGUGGCGAGUGGAACACAUGUAUAACUUUGUUUUGUUAACUUCGGUAGUUAGCUAAUUAUUAUCAUGCUUCUUCAUUGUUUAUACAUCUCAGCACACCAUCCAGAUGCCUUACAAUAAAAAUGUGUAAGCGGUGUUGCCAAUACAGUACAGGAAGGAACGUCCAUAAACUCGAUACCCCAGUGUUGUUGAAGAACGAUUGACUUUCAGCCGCAGUGGUGGACACGGCGGAAAGCAAAAAUACAUUAGGUUGAAUAGCUCGCAGAAGAGAUGCUUUUCAUCUGAAUGUGACGAGGUUGUCAUCAUCAUGAACAUGGUGAAGUGGAGUGAGGUUCGCUCCGAGUCCAACAGGUUUCCUACACCUGGGGGGGCUGCGUACAGCUCUCUACAACUAUAUCUAUGCUAAGAAGUAUGGAGGGAGCUUCAUCUUACGUAUGGAAGAUACAGACCAGAGCAGACUGGUGCCGGGAGCUGCAGAGUCUAUAGAGGAUAUGUUGGAGUGGGCUGGUCUCCCCCCAGACGAGAGUCCCCGUGGAGGAGGCCAGUACGGUCCCUACCUCCAGUCCCAGAGGCUGUCCCUGUACAGCCAGGCUGCUGACUCCCUMCUCCAGACAGGGAAGGCCUACCACUGCUUCUGCAGCCAGCAGAGACUAGAAUUACUGAAGAGAGAGGCCCUACGCAGCGGACAGACACCGCGGUAUGACAACAGGUGCAGACACCUCCGCCCAGACCAGGUAGAGGAGAAGCUGGGUCAGAAGGUCCCCCAUGUGAUCAGGUUCAGACUGGAGUCUGGAGUAGAAUCCUUCAACGACCUGGUCUUCGGAUGGAACCGUCAUGAGGUGGCCCAGGUAGAAGGAGACCCUGUAGUGAUGAAAGCAGAGAGUUUCCCCACCUAUCACCUGGCUAACGUAGUAGAC